AUGACUACGCCCUUGCCCAAGCUAUAUUCUCGGGUCCUCACUGCCACAUCCGAUGCCUAUGACCUGCCCACGAUUGAAGAUUCGACACAGGAUAUCGUCAAGUCAUGCAUAGAGGAUCUAUGCGAAAUUCAAACUCGAAUAUCCGACCUCGCGCUUUUCAGCAGCAACGAGACACUCGAUGACAUCUCCACGCAGAAUCUAAUCUAUCUCACCGUGCCCUAUGUGUGUGCGGAGGUACAGGGACGCGUACGGACGACGGAGAGGGAGGAUCGGUUUAUUUCCAUCGUCCAGGCUCAAAAUCACUAUGAAACGUACUGCUCGACCCUGGAGAACUACGGAAUAGUUACAGAGGGAGACUCGAAGCUGUUUUCGCGUAACGCCACCAAUGCUGCAAGCAAACGAGAACAGAAGAUACAGCAAUACCACCAUGAGAAGGAUCUGCGUACGAGGAUAGAGGUCAUUCACAAACGCAAAAGUCGGCGGCCCACUGAAGAGUUAGCGUCCGGCACCACAGAUUUCAUUCUUAUCAGUUCCCUUCUACCUUCUGCAACUGCCUCCGGAGAUGAAGACGAAGACGACGAAGUGCUACGAGAAACAGUCCUUCUUCUUUUACGUCUUUUCUACUCUCUUUCCAAGACUCACCUUGCCCACAUCGACACAGAGCUGCAGUUGUUGAAGACGGCACCUCCUCCACUUCCGUACUCACCCAGGCCAGACGAUAAUGAUCCCAGGAAAAAAGAGAAGGACGAGCGCGACGAAGACAUGUGGAAACUGGAUGCCCCGAAACCUAAUCCGGGUGGAGGGCCGUUACUGGAUCCUGCAGGAAAGCCUCUUCGACCAUUCACGAUUCUCCCUUUUGGCGCGUCUGAUCGCGCUCGCCACCAGGCACAGGUCUUCGGGCCGGGAUACAACUUACCAACGAUGACUAUCGACCAGUACCUUGAAGUGGAGAGGCAGCGGGGUAACAUUCUUUCUGGAGGAGGUCCUGGCUCGGAAAAUAUGCCCACAUCAUCUGAGCAGCUAGCCAUGGAUGCCGAAAUAGACGGCACAAUCAAGGGAGAAGCAAAAGCGGAAGAGAAGAGACUUAAAGAUGAGAAUUGGGCCAAGUUUACUGACGAGAACCCGAGAGGUGCUGGGAAUACGAUGAAUCGAGGCUGA